UAUGAAAUAAACCUGUAAACUACUAUGGUUGGUGAUAUCAUCAUCAUUUGGACAUUCUCCAAAUACCGUUUCAAUCCUCCAACACUUCAGUUCCCCCACCAGUUUUCCAGAUAAGAUUUAAAGUAUCCCUCUCACUUCAAUGAGCGCCCUGACACACGGCACAAAUCUCACGUAUGAGAGUCCGUACACAUGCAGAAUAGGCAUCAUACUGUAGCAUUACAAGUAUGAGCAACUUUGGCUACCCGAAAGAUGAGGACAUCGAUGAAGAUGAACUUCUGUCUUCUUUAACCGGUGAGGAACUCCAAGAGCUGGAGAAAAUAAUGGCUAUAGAAUCAGAUGAGAUUUCUGCUGGACUCAGGCAGGAUGACCAGACAUCCAGGCGAGCGACAGGAACGUUUAGCCGAGAUGCUCUGCUGAAGUACUGGGAGAAUGAAAGUAACAGAUCGAUAGAGAUAAAGUGCAAUUUAUCUUUGUGUAGUUGUUUCUGUCACUCAUAUGCUAGUGCUCAGCAUUGUUUUUCUUGUUUUGAUGAUACACAGGACAGCGUGGAUGAGGGCCAGACCGAUAAAGAUGAAGCAUGUGGUACUGAAGAGCCUGUUGAUAAUGAAGACAAGAGACAACAACACGAUAGAGGCCACAAGCAGAGAGGUGAAGCAAAGUCAAGCAACCAAAAUAUCACAGACGUAUCUGAUCACAACAGCAAUAUUGACAAGAGUGGAUGGAAACCCAAUGGUAAACGAGUCCUCCAUCAUACCGACUCAAACCUCACCGUUACACCAGAGAGGCAAAGCGAUAUUGACAAAAUCUUGGAAAAGAUCUUGAGCAAUGACUCCUCUCUGACCUCUGUCAAUCUAAACAACAUUGAAAACAUCUCCCAAGCGGUUUUUGUGAGCUUUGCAAAUGCCUUGAUCUCCAAUACUCAUGUUGAGGUCUUCAGCCUUGCCAACACCCAUGCAGAUGACCAAGUAGCUAUCGCGUUGGCUAAAAUGCUGGAAAGAAACCGUAGGAUCACCAACCUUAACGUUGAGUCCAAUUUCAUUUCAGGUAAAGGUAUAUUGGCUUUGAUCGGCUCACUUCAACAUAACACGACACUGCUGGAACUCAGGUUCCACAACCAGCGGCACAUCUGUGGAGGUCAGGUGGAAAUGGAGAUGGCCAAGCUGUUGGGGGAAAACACAACUUUGCUGAAACUAGGAUACCAGUUUGACUUACCCGGGCCGAGGAUGAGCGCAACCGGCAUUUUAACCCGCAACCAGGACCGUCAGAGGCAAAGACGUCUGGAGCAAAGGAGACAGCGAGACAAUUUGGAAAGCACUUCUUAGACGAUCAAAAACUGAGCCACUGAAUGAUGUUAGUAUUACUGUAUAGCUCUUAUAUAAAAAAAUAAAUAUAUUGUAAUGAUACAUGAUAAGCUUUUAUGGCUGUAAAAAACAAUAUAUAUUUUUUCUAAGAAUAUUCAUUCUGGGGAUUUUGCCAACACCAAUUCUGUUAAAGCAGAUCUCACGACUUUUAGCAAUAAUUCACCAUCUAUACCAAGAAUUGAAUCAUUCAGUGUUCUGAUAAUUUCUGCUAGGAUGAAAUCAUUAGCCAGGCACUGAAACACAAUGCUAUCGUCGCAUAAAGUCCAACAAUAAAACGGACAUUUCCUCAAUAUGACAAUUUUAUGAUUCAGUUAAUUGUAUACAUGUGUUCAUAAGUAACUUUUUUUUCUUACUCUAUUAGUACCUUUUAUGGAAAAUACAUACUUUUCUUAGGAUAUUUUUAUUUCUGUGACCGUCUGUUAGUGAGUGAUAUAAUGACAGUUUACACAAUCAUAUACUGGAGAAGUCAUUUUAAUAGAAGAUGAUUGACUACAGCCCCAACUGCUAGUUGAAUAGUUAAGCCUACUACACUACUGGAUUUUAAUGUUGGUCGUUAUGGUGUUACUUGG